GCGUGAUAGGGCUUGUCAGCUGGAGCGCAGGGAUGGUGCGGCUGCUUCUACUUCUGGGGCUGCUUGCCACUGGGCUGGUACAGGGGACGCUGCCUCUGUUUAAUGGCAAGAUUGGCUUGGAUCCUGAAGUUAAUAUGAAUAUUAGCGAGAUCAUCAGAUACUGGGGCUACCCAGCGGAGGAGUUCGAGGUGGUCACCGAGGACGGCUACAUCCUCAGCGUCAACAGGAUCCCACACGGUGUGAAGAGCAAGCCACUGCAAGAGCCCAGUCCUGUGGUGUUCCUCCAGCACGGUCUCCUGGCUGCAGGCAGCAACUGGGUGACCAACCUCCCCAACACCAGCCUCGGCUUCUUCCUGGCUGACGCAGGCUUCGACGUGUGGCUGGGAAACAGUCGUGGGAACACCUGGUCCAGAAAACAUGUCCGCCUCAACCCUGACCAAAAGCAGUUCUGGGAGUUUAGCCACGAUGAGAUGGCUAAAAAGGACCUUCCAGCAGUGAUAAACUUCAUCACGAAAACUACAGGCCAGGAGCAGGUCUUCUAUGUUGGCCAUUCUCAGGGAACCACUAUUGCCUUUAUGGCAUUUUCCACAAUGCCAGAGCUGGUGAAAAAAAUCAAGAUGUUUUUUGCUCUGGCUCCUGUAGCCACAGUAGCCUUUACAGAGAGCCCCUUGAGCAAACUGUCCAUCCUCCCAGAGUUCCUCGUUUGGGACCUCUUUGGAAGGAAAGACUUUCUGCCGCAGAGUUAUCUCAUUAAGCUUCUCGCUACCAAAUUCUGUAGCAAGAAACCAAUCAGUAUGCUGUGUGGGAACAUGUUCUUUCUCCUUUGCGGUUUCGAUGAAAAGAACCUGAACAUGACCAGGACGCCUGUAUACACGACGCACUGCCCGGCUGGAACCUCUGUGCAAAACAUGGUGCACUGGUCUCAGGCUGUAAAAAGUGGGAAACUGAUGGCAUUCAAUUAUGGAAAAGCUGGCAAUAUGGCUCAUUACAAUCAGUCCACACCUCCCCUAUACAGAGUGCGGGAUAUGAAGGUGCCCACGGCAGUGUGGUCCGGAGGGCAUGACACGCUGGCUGACCCACAGGACGUGGCUGUGCUAUUGACGCAGAUCCCAAACCUGGUGUACCACCGACAGAUCAAGCACUGGGAACACCUGGACUUUAUCUGGGGUUUGGACACACCACAGGAGAUGUACUACCAGAUGAUCAAGCUGAUGAGGCAGCAUGUUUGAAUAAGGCCUUGUUGCUCUUGGCUGAUUCUGUUUUUUAAACCUGUAAUUGUUUUAAAGCUGUAUGACCACUAUGAGCAUAUGGCUGUUUGUCACAUGUUCCAUGUGGUGGGAGGUGGGCAUUUUAUAGCCAUGGCAGAAACGGCCCUUUCAUAGGCUGUUCUAGAGCUAGUUCUUAUGAAUUUCUAACAUGUCUUAAUGAAUUUGUUUACUAAUGACACUGAACAGGUUUGUCCUUCUGUAACUUACAAUUGCACUGUGAAUUUCUCAAAUGUUGUUGAAAGGUUCAUCCAAUUUUAUCAAUUGAAUAAAACCCAAAACACUUAA